AUGAGGAUCCCAUACAGACGGCACUAUCACCAUCUCCACCCGCACCCAAAAAGACAAGUCCGCGAGGAAGAGGUGACCAGCUCAGCGGCUGUUGUUGCCAGCAGCGCCGUGCAAGAGUCUACCAGUGGGACAAAUACGGCAGGUACGACAGGUAGGGAGGUGGCGGCGAGCAGUGAUGCUGUGAGCAGCGGGACGGCGAGAGGAGAGACGAGCUUGGGGACGUCGAAGGUCAUUUCUACGACGGCAACUGCUGCCUCUUCUUCUGCAUUGAGAUUAGAGGUAGCUAGUACGCAAGCCUCUUCUUCGUCAGCUACAUCUUCGUCAUCAGAGUCAGCAGCCAGGAUCAGCGCAGGAGUCGAGACGGCCACAGCCAAAACCAGCUCCACUCGUUCAACCCCUCUGAACCCUAUCCGAAUGACCACCUUUGCCAGCGACUUUCCUGUUAGCGCCCCCUCGGAUACAACCGUCCACAAAUUGGGAAGAGGCUACGUCUUCCUGCCAAACGAUAGCGCUGCAGAUAGCAUGCUCCUCUUUGUAACAUUCUUUGUUGCCUUCCUCGUAUUCACCGUCUGCUUCAUCCGCUGCACAUCCUUCCUCGACCGGCGGCGCGCGAGAAAGAGAGGGGGCAGGAUGAAGGAAGAUACGGUCGUGGGGGAGGAGAUGAAGUGGGCCGAGGGGCGGGAGGUGGUGGAGAGAAAGGUUGUAUGGCAGAAUGCUGGGCAUGGGGAGAGAGCCGAGCGGGAAAUGGUCAGGGGAGUGAGUAGGGGCAGGGGAUUACAGGCGAGCGGAAUGAGGGUCGCGAUAUGA